UCUCCGUUGUCAUCAAUGAUAUGGUAAUGUGCGUAACACUUUUUUGCCAAGUUUUUUUGAUAAAUGUAAAAAUUGAAAAGAAUUCUGAAAAUUCUUCGUUCUAGUUAUAAAAAUCUGAUUGGAGAUAAAGAGCCGGAGCAGCAUAUUUGAAUGAACAAAAAUGGGCUGAAAUAUGUGUACACAAUCGGAGCGAGGAAGCUUUAUUUAUUUAUGUUUGACGAUAGCUUUUGUUUAACGCAUCCUUGAUUAAGAGAUAAAUGUAAUAUCUCACAUCCGAAAAUGGCAGAAGGUACCGUCGACACGGACAAUCGCAUAGACGGCAACCAAAGACUGGUUCAACUGUGUAAAAAGCCAUGGAUCCAAGAUGACGAAGAGUCAAUAAAAAUAAUUUCAGAAAUGGAGGAAUUGCUGGUGCAAGAAGACAUCGACGUGAACGUCGUUGAUAAAGAUGGGCAAUCGGCCCUUCAUUACGCAGCGCAAUCAGCUCGCAUCCACCUAAUUGACGAGCUGAUCCAUCUCGGCGCAGACGUUCACCGUAGAGAAAACAAACGUGGUUUCACAGCAUUGCACUUCGCAGUUCUCUCCGGCACCAUAAAAUCAGCCGUGGAGCUUCUUUUGGCAGCUGGAGCGGACGUCAACGCCGAAGCUGAUUUCACUGUCACUCCUUUGCACAUUGCAUCGUUUAUAGGCCCAAUGGACGUACUUACGUGUCUGCUCGAACGCGGGGCUGAUGUGAACCGGCGCGAAGCAAUUUUUAAAUUCACCCCGCUACUCAUUGCAACUUACCACGGCAGCAGUGAAAUUGUGGAUCUGCUGAUCAGCAAAGGCGGUGCUAAGGUCAAUGCUGCGACCGAUGAGAACUUGACUCCUCUGCACGUAGCAGCAAUGCUCGGCGAUGUGAAAAUCGUGAGAACAUUGAUCAAGUCAGGAGCGAAUGUAAACUGUAAACAUAAAAGUACUCAGUUAACGCCUUUGCAUUUGGCAUCGACGAGCGGCCAUAACGAAGCUGUCAACGACCUCAUAGAAAUCGGUCAAGCACUGACGAACGUCGGAAGCAGCGUAAUCACGGAAACGAUGACGUAUUGUUCGAUAUCGAUGGACGGUCGUCAGGCCGUCGUCGACGUACUGUUAAAAAAUGGCGCCGACUUGCAAGCUAGAGAUAAUUCCGGCAAGACAGCUUUGCACUUGGCGACUCGUCAUCGAAGCAACGUCAUUGAAAUUCUUUUGAAGGCCGGUGCUGACAUCGACGCAACGGAUAAGGACGAGCAUGUGCCGUUGCACGAAGCAAUAAAAAAUAAAAACGGCGAAGGUUUGGCUUUGCUACUUUCGUACGGGGCGGAUAUCAAUGAUGUAUUCGAGCAGUGCGAGCCUCGACUUGUUACGACUGCGCUUUACGAUUACGUACCGUUUCUGUUGCUCGAACAUUUCACCAAAAUGAUAGCUGCGAGAUUGCUGAUCGCCAAUGUUUUCAAGCGCUACAUCAGCCAAUACGGCUUGCAAGUUUAUUACGGCGAGUGCGUAAAAGAAGUGGAUAAGAUGAGGAAUUAUAAGCUUGGCAAUGAAAUUGUUCUUUACAAUUUGUUGCACAUGAAUCCAAUGCGUCGCUUGACUUUCAUUAAAAAUGUACCCGUUAAUCUUGAAUCUAAAUUUCCGAAGUACUGCGGUAUUAUUAGAGCUAGUUUUUUAGAAGCUAGUAGGAGGAAACCGUUAAUACAACCAUCAAUGGUGGCUUGGAAUCGAUUAACUGGAAUUACUUGGCCUGAAAAAUGUCUAGUAUAUUUGCUUGCUUUCCUUGAUAAUGGGUUACUGAAAAUGAUUAUUAAAGCUGCUGCCAUCAAACCUAUUGUCAAACAGGAAACACUACCAAAAUAGAAGAGUAUAAGUAAUCCAAUGAGUAUCAUAUUGGAUAUUUUUUCUACAUUGUAAGGUAAUUAAAAGCAAGUGUCUUGCAUCAUAAUUAUUUUAUAGAAGUUUCUUAAAAAAAAAGACUCGUUUUUUGAUAAUAAAAAUGUGAUGUUAACGAAUGACUUCGACCUCGACGAAGUUAAGAAAAACGAAUAAACUUUAUUGCAUCAAGCGACCGUGUAGGCCGAUCUUCUAAUGGAGGUACUACUAAUACUACUCCGAAGAGAUGUAAAAGUGAAUUGCUCCGACAAAAUUUUAAGGCCACUGACACUUGCAUGUAGUGAAAAAUUAAGAUUGAAUCAUUUCAGAUUUGAGAAACUGAAUUCAAAAUUAAAGUUUUGUGAACGUUCAAUUGUAAACCAAAAUCUUUUGGGUAUAUACGUUCCGAUUGCUUCAUUUACAAUUACCGGUUUUGACACCAUUAGUCAAAGCUAAUUUUCAUUACACGAACAAUUAGUUUACAAAAAUUAUUUUCUUUGAAUUACCUAAUUGUAAAUAGUA